UUAACCUACUCUCAAUCUCCAGUAGUUUCCGAGAUACCCAUAGAGAACAUCGUAGGAAACUUACCCUGUAAACAUAAUUCAUUUGUUAUAAAUUUCAUUAUAAUAACAAUUUAUUAUCUAUUUUCAGGGUGGAGAUGUAGUGCAAGAGACAAUAUCAGCAAAUGCUAGCGAUGACACCGUCACUUUAGAAUUUCAGAGGUCUGAUGGUACUCUAGUAACUCAGCUUAUAGACUUUAGAAAUGAAGUUCAGAUUCUGAAGUCGUUGAUACUGGGUGAGGAAGAGAGAGGCCAAAGCCAAUACCAAGUGAUGUGCUUUAUCUUUCAUUUUCCGAAAGACUCUUUUAUAUCAUCUGACGCCAUGUCGAAAUUAAGACAGAAGAACCCCAGUACAGUGAGAACUCCAGAAGAGGAUUUAGGGAGGGUGAACCACACGAUGGACUACGUCGUCGUCCUGAAACACGCGGACAUCAUCAGCCCGUUCAUCAGGGACAUUUGCGCGGAGGCCGGACAGGCCACCUACACCCGAUACGAAGAUAUACUGAAAUGGUCCAAUAUCCAUGCUAUACAAACCACGUCAUACCUUCCAGCCCUAAAGAGAUUCCCCACCACCCCCGACUACAUCAACAACGACAUCCCCUACGAGCUCCCCGUGGGUAUAGCCAACUGCACCAACAUGAAGAACAUGUGGACGCCCUGCCUGUGCCACCUCGAGCAGUGCAUAGGUUGGUACCCUUGCGAGCUCAAGUACUGCAAGAGCAAAGGCUCGGCGAAGAACUCCGUAACCAGCUACCGGUGCGGGAUAAAGACUUGCAAAGUGUGUCACCUGUUCGUGUACUACAUAGCUCAGAAACAGCAAUGUCUUUGGGACGAAUGACCGUCAAAUGGUACUGACUGUUUAGUUUGUGCGCAGAUUGGAUAACUGUAAGAAUAACAGUUGGGAGUCUGUGUAGUUUAAGUUUAGAGUAACAGGAGUAAUGCCUUAAAUAUGUUUUGUAACGUGUAAGUAAUAUUAUAAGUACUUGGACCAAUGACAGGAACCUUUGCUGCUAUGACACUUCGGUUGUAGAUGUAUUUUAGUCUAAGUUUCUUUCGGUUUUUCAAAACAAUAGGUAGGCAAGUUUUGAGUAUUUUAACAUCAAAAAUAUUGCUGGAAAGAAAAGAAAAAAAAUCAAAUAUUUCUAAGCCAAACCUAUAAUUUUGAAAACUAUUUUAAUUCGUUUUAAAACAGUAGUUGAUAUACUGGUUGCGUCUCAAAAAUGGGUCACCCCUAUAAUUUCUUUAUAAGGUCAGCAAAAAAAAAGGU